UCUCACUCGGCUCAGUCGCUCCAAGAGCUGUCACGCUCACAAACGCUGACACGGAAAGGCACGAGAAACAAGCCCACGCGUGUGUUAGGUAGCCCACCCUCUCGUCGGGCUCUGCCGGUUCGCUCCUUGCCGCUCGGUUUGCGGCGGUCGUGACUCGGCCAAGGAGGCGGCGGAAAGAGCGAGCGGCUCGCCGGUGGAGGUGAAGGACGAGGUGGGGAGACAAAAAAGGGGGAAAAGGUCAGAGAAGCCCAACACGAGAGGCUGGAGAAACGAGAGUGACGGCAGACUUCCAGACGCAACAUAAGCAGAGCGAGCCAGAGCGAGAAGAGGGCAGUGGGCCAUCUGCUCUCGCUCCCCUGCUAUUCUGCAGCUGCGGCCGAGUCAGCGACUACGUCUCGGCUGCCUGGGGACUUUUAAAAGGAGGAGAGAAAGGAUUUCUUCCAGCCAGCCACGGACCGGCCAAGUCCGGAGCCAUGCUGAAGCCUCGCUGGCAGCGCCGGAGGCCCGCGGGGGGAAGGCUGAGAGCCCAGCUGGAUGUUCCGCCGCCGCCGUCCUGCUUCGCUGUCAUUAGUGGAUAACGAGCUGCCGCGAGAGAGGAAGCGGAGAAGCGCCCCGUGGAGAACCUCGCAGCUGUUAUUGAGAUCCCCGAGUUCUUAUGCCUCACCUUCGCAACGGGACUUUUUAAAAGUGGAAAUUCGAUUUUUUUUCUUCUUGUAUGCCCUGACGGAUUAGUUGGGUGACAUCGGUCACCAUGGCAGCAGCGUACCGUGUGGUGGUGAGCAGCGUGAGCUGCUACAACAGCGUGGUGGUGGACCGACGCAAGCAUUCUCACGCUGUGCACUAUUGCUCGGGCCCGUGCAGGACGCUCUCGCAGGGGCUGGAAUGUUCCGUGGCCCAUCACGGCACCUGCUCGGAGCUGCUGGUCGCGCCGGACUCGCCCUCCAGGUGCUUGAGCGCCCAACACCACGCUAGGACGAGUGACUGCGGUGCCCUGGAGAGGGCGGGGAGCAACGGAAAUUUCUAUAUCGGGGAAGAGGGCAACGCGUGGCGAGGAAAAAAGUUGCCCAUUGGCGGAGGAUCGACGGGCAACCUGAGCUGCGGCGGCUACGGAAGCCUCAAGGACAUCACGGAAGAAGCCAUCAAUCUGGCCAGCGGGAAGCUCAAAGAGUUUUCCUUCGACAAGCUACGUCUCUCCUCUUCCAGCCACGUCACUUUCCGGAAAGGUCGCAAAGUCCGCCCCGACUCCUUCAGCCGUCGCUCCACCGACCUGGAGAUCAUCUACGGCCACUUCAGCUCCAGUAACGCGUCGACAAACAGCGUGGCCGUCGCGCCCGCCGACGAGAACUCGAAAUUGAAGGGCGGUUCGUCGGCUAUUACCAAAGUAAACAAUUCAAGCGGUAUCGGGUCGCUGGAGCAAAGUGUCAACACUCUGGCUUCUCUUUACCGCAACACUCUCGGGGAGGAGAACUUGAUUGCUCGUCUGUUGGAGAAAACGUGGGGCGAGGCGGCUGCCGCCGGUGGCGGCGGCGGGGAGGACAUUCGCGCCUGCCUCGACAUCCUGCUCAAAUGCUCGGAAGACCUGAAGAAGUGCACCGACAUCAUCAAGCAGUGCAUCCGACGCAAGGCCGGCGGAGGUCCCCAGGAUGGAGGUGCCAGUCCCGACAGCGUGUACCGGGCCUUGAUGACCCGACUCAGCAUGUAUCUGAAGAGACUACCUCUGGAGCUGGAAGGGAUCGGAGGUGGCGGGCACGGCGAUCUGACGGAGCUGGUCAACAGUCUCCACUCGCUCCAACAAGCGCCCUUCUCGCCUAUAUUUGGCGGCGAGCAGCCUCCGCGUUACGAGGACGUGGUGCGCUCGCCUCCCAACGCAAAGCCCGCUCCUCACAUUUCCGUCCAGAGCUCGCCACCCAAAGCACUCACCAACGGACUCCAGCAUCCACACCCCCCUUCAUCCAUCACGCAUCACAACCUGCUCCCCGCUCCCGUCACGAGUUCUCCGUCCAGUCCGACGCACUCUCCGUCCCGUCUCGGAGUCUCGCCGACGCCGCCUCCGGGAUCCCCCAUGGAGGCGCUUUACAUCGAGGAGGAAGAUGUCGAUACAGACUCGUGCGGCAUCGGCCACACCGCCGCGAGACCUUCGACGAACGCUCCGGCGCACCGGAACGACGACAUUGACAAACUGCUGAUGGAUUUGGAGAAUCUUUCCCAGAGCAUGAGCAACCCCAGGAGUACCGAGCCACCACUUCCGGUCAAGACCCGCAAGCGAGGCAGUGGCGGAGGCCUUGGGAUGGCGUCCGCCGAAGCCCAGCCCAAAAUCUCCCAGUUCCAAAUCAAAACCAGCCACCCGACGGUGAACGGCACCAGUUCCAAAGCUCCUCAGGGAGAAAGCCGCAAUGUUCUCGCAGGCGACGAGCCGGAGGACGGCGCCUUACUCUUGAGAAUCUUGGAGAGCAUUGAGAGUUUCGCCCAGGAGUUGGUUGACUCGGGGGCGGGGAGCACCGGGAGCGCCGAGAGGAGCAGCGGCAAGGAACGCGAGGUGAUGAAGCUCCUGCAAGGUACGCUGGCCUCUGCCGGCAGGCCCGACCUUGACGGUUCCGCCGGACAAAUUGAUCCGGCGGGCCGUCCGGCGGAAACGGAAACCGCUCCGGCCGUACCUCCAAAGCUCUCCGCCCGAACACCCUCAGUUCCACCUGCCGUCACGCCGAAGGUUACGGCCGAAGACGUUCGCACGGCGACAACUGCACAUCCGCCGACCCCCGAGGCCGCAUCGGCGAAAGCAAACGACAGCGUUUCCGAAGCCCCUUCGCUCCAUCCCAAAUCCUGCCUUGCGCCUCCUGCCGGUCUGGGGAACGACGCUGCGCCUAAAGUCCCGCCCACCAGCCCGACCGUGGUCGUCCAGAGAGAUCCGGCCGGGGACGUUCCGGCUUUGAGGGAGACGGGCUCAACUCUGCUCAUCCAGCAGACUCCCGAAGUGAUCAGGGUCCAGUCCAAAGCGGAGAAGAAACCCGGCACGCCACCCCCGGCCCCCGCCCAGGCAUCCACCGUCCCGCAUGCCUCAUCGCACCGCUCGCCCAGCCCGCCACCAGCAGCUUCGGUGGUCAUCUCCCCUACUCCUCCCCCUCCUCCUCCUGCCAUCAACAUUCCCAGGUUCUACUUCCCAAUUGGGCUUCCUGCCGUCGGCCCGCCGGCAAACCACGACGCGGCCAUCGCCGCCAUCGAAGAGACCUUCGCCGAGUUUGAGGAAGAGAAAGCCGACAUUUACGAAAUGAGCAAGGUCGCUAAGGCGUGCGAUUGUCCGCUGUACUGGAAGGCGGCCAUGUUCUACGGCGCCGGCGGCGAGAGGACAGGCUUUGUCUCCGUUCACUCCUUCAUCGCCACCUGGAGGAAGUUGCUGCACGGUUGCCACGACGACGCCUCAAAGUUUGUCAACCUGCUGGCCAAACCCGGCUGUCGGUACCUGGAGCAGGAGGACUUCAUUCCUCUUCUGCAGGACAUCGUGGACACGCAUCCUGGACUCACGUUUCUGAAGGAUGCACCCGAAUUUCAUUCCCGCUACAUCACAACGGUCAUCCAGCGGAUCUUCUACGUGGUGAACCGUUCGUGGACAGGCCGCAUGUCCAUGACGGAGCUGCGGCGCAGCAACUUCCUGCAGACGCUGGCGCUGCUGGAGGAGGAGGACGACAUCAACCAGAUCACCGACUACUUCUCCUACGAGCACUUCUACGUCAUCUACUGCAAGUUCUGGGAGCUGGACGGCGACCACGACCUCUACAUCGACCACAAGGACCUGGCCCGAUACAACGACCACGCGUCCUCCAACAGAAUCAUCGAGCGGUUGUUCUCGGGCGCCGUGACGCGGGGCAACACCGUGCAGAGAGAAGGUCGCAUGAGCUACGCUGAGUUUGUCUGGUUUCUCCUUUCUGAAGAGGACAAGAAAAAUCCCACUAGCAUCGAGUACUGGUUCCGUUGCAUGGACGUGGACGGCGACGGCGUACUGUCCAUGUUCGAGUUGGAGUACUUCUACGAAGAGCAGUGCGAGCGCAUGGAGCGAAUGGGCAUCGAACCGCUGCCCUUCCAAGACCUGCUGUGUCAAAUGCUCGACUUGGUCAAACCAGAGAGUCCAGGCAAAAUCACGCUGAGUGACCUGAAGCGUUGCCGCAUGGCUCACAUCUUCUUUGACACCUUCUUCAACCUGGAGAAAUACUUGGACCACGAACAGAGAGAUCCCUUUGCUGUGCAGAAGGACCUCGACAGCGACGGUCCAGAGCCGUCCGACUGGGAUAAGUACGCCUCGGAAGAGUACGAGAUACUUGUGGCGGAGGAGACUGCCAACGAGCAGAUUCACGAAGGGUCAUUUGAGGACGACUAUGACCUGGAUGAUCUCCAGGUCCCUGCUGAGAUCGGGAAUAAGAUGGAAAAACUGGUCAUUUCGGAUCUGACGGCGUGAAAAUGGCCAUUGACUUUUGGAUGGAUGCGCUCCAUCCAAACGGACAGAAAAUAGAAUAUGGACAUCCGUUUUAUGAUGAUGACUUUUUUUUCAGUGAAGAUGGACUCAUGUUCACGGUUGACUCACAACAAAACGGACGAGUGAGACAUUGAUAAGCUCUUAAAGGAACACAGUACACUUAAAAAAAGCUAUACAGAAGACGAAUGUAUUUUUUUUUAUCAAAUAUUGACAAUCAUGCGCAGACACAUCAUAUAACACGUCAUAUAAAACUCAAGUUUUUAGGUUUCUUUGCAUGACUUUGGAAAGAUUUUAUUAUAAUGGAACUGUUUAUGCAAUAUUUUUAGGGAGUUCUUUUUAAACAAAUUUGCAAUUUUUUCAUAAAAUUUAUGCAAAAUGUAACAAAAAUAUUUUCACAAGGCUUGAUAGAUUUUACCUGAAAUUUUUGACUGAAAAUUUUGGCCCAAACACAAUAUUUGCACGACUUUAGAGAUUUUGACUCAUUUUUGAAUUUGGGGGUUCCUUUUUUUUUUUCAAAGAAGCUGUUAUUUAUUGUUUUAUCUUAACUUUGUUGUUGUUGCCAAAGAAAUUUUAUUUAAGCUCUUUAUUGCAACUACACACUCACCGGACACUUUAUUAAGUACACUUACACAGCCUUCAUGUAGCUAAAUACAGUGUUAGUGCUCUUGGUAUAUUACUCAAAAUGAAACAUUUCAAUAAAUAAAUAAAAAAUCAAAUUAUAAUGUGCAGGUAAACCUAAUGUGUCCAGCGAGUGUCAAUUUCAGUUCCUAUUUAAUAUCCACAAAUGAACAUGUUGUCAUGUGUGUAAAUAUACCUUUUAUAACAGUUCCAAUGCUCAACAUGCACAAUGCAGCUACAAAAUAUCAUGAAAAAACUAAACAGGUUCAUUGAUGUGUGCUUGUUGUGUUAACACGGCUUAGAGAGUGUGUGCUUGGGAAUCUAGAGGUGUGUGUUUAUGGCUUUGUGUCCAUUUUUGUAGCUACAUAGCCACUGUAAAUGUGCCCGGCUAUGUCUUUAUUGAUCAUUAUUAUUAUUAUUAUUAUUAUAGUAAUAAUAAUAAUAGUAACAAGAAGCCAUUUUAAAUGUCUUUUUUUUUUUUUUUACAUGAUUUUUAUUGCAGUGCCACUGUGUGGCUCGGAUUCAAUUUGAUCUGGUGUGUGUGUAACUGACAAUCAUUACGACUAACGACACACAAGCACGUUAGUUAUGUCAGGACUUUUAUUCUGAAACUACUGUGAGAGGAAGUGAGUUAGCUUUUAUUUGGAUAAGCUUCCUAUCAUUAGGGUUUGUGUAGCAGGGAUGUUUUUUUUGCUCUGCUUUGAUUCCCUGUUUAGUUUGUGGCAUUGGCUGCUUUGGUUUGAAGCUCAAAAUGUUCAAAUAAAGACAUUUGCAAACUA